GUCUGUUAGAAGAAAAAAGAGAUGUCUUCAUUUUUAAAACCAGUACCGACCUCAUCACCACCAAAAUCGAGAAAUACAAUAUCUCCAAAUACAUAAUCCAAAAGUCCCCAUUACACUGAAUUACAAUAAGGUUCUUAUUUGAUUUAAUUUUAGGAUCGACAUUACAAAAGUCACAAUAGAGUCUGAGGAACUCACAUUAUACAAGUAAGUUUGAGAAGAGCAUUGAUAUGGAUAUGAAACAAAGCAAUACCUUUAUCAAUCCAGAAUUUGAGAUUAAGAAAUUAAUGAAUUUAGUGGAAUUACAAUAGCACGAGAUCAACAAUUGGAAACGUCGAUAUGAAUAAGCAGAAGCAAGAGUACUUAUCUAAUAUGCUAAUUAUUUUAGUGUAUUUCGUCUAAUCAGACUUAAACAAUGCUAGAAUAUGAGAAACAUUUGGACUAGUUGACUAAGGAAUUAAAAAAUUCUAUAUAAUAGAAUGAUGAGCUCAAUAGUAAAUUGAGAGAAAAGGAUACGCAAUUGAGUCGUUUGAAUAAACAAAUAGAUGUAUAGAAACAAUAAUUGAAUGAUUUCUCAUCUGAAUUAAAGUACCUAUAACACGAAAAACUGAAUAUGGAUAAGGAUGCUUCUAUGCAAUUAUUUCAAAAGGAUUAGAAAUAUAAUUAAAAUUUAUAAGAGAUCCAAUAAGCACAUUUAGAACAAUUACAAUUAAUGGAUGAUCAAAUUUAGAAAUUAUAAGAUGAAUUGGUGAGAAGAAAUCAGGCCAUUGAGUUUUAGAAACAAGAGAUUGUAUAAUUGGAUAAAAUAGUAAAUGAGAUGAAGGUAGGAGAAAAGAAUUAAAUGCAGCAAUUGGAAGCUCUAAAGGUGAAGUAUUAGGAUCUUUAAGAGGAAAAGAAAAGAGAAGUUAAUAAACUCAUAUAAUAAAAUGAAUAAUAAGUUAAAUCAUAAGAGAAGGAGUUUCUAGAUGAAAAGGAGUGUUUAGUGCAUAGGAUUAGUUAACUUUAAUAUGAGAAUAACAUUUUGAAUCAAUAAAUACUUGAAUAGCAGAGUAAUUAUAUGAAAUAUUAUAAUAGAUUUAAUUUAAGGAUUACAAGAGGAGAUAUAAUCACAAGUAGAAUAGAAUUGCAAUUUAUAAGAGCAGAAUUAGUUGUGUUCCUAGGAUUUAGAUCAGAAAUAUAGAAAAUCAGUUUCAGAAAUUAAGAUGGAGUAUUAAUAAUAAAUAAAUAAAUUAUUGUAAGAGAUUCAAAAAUUGAAUUAACAAUUGGAUUAAACUUAAAAACAAUUACAAGAAAAUUAGAAAUUGAAUCAAGAAUUGUAAAUUUCACUAGAAAACUUGAAUUAGCAUAAUUAAACAACAACAUCUUAACUAAAAUAAGUAUAAAAUGAAUAUGAUUCUUUGCAAUUACAAUAUGAGAAUGAUAUUUAAGAGCAAAAUUAAGAGAUUGAACAACUAAAUGAUUAAGUGAAUCAAUUGACUGAACUAUUAGAAUAGAGAUCAAAUGAGUAUGAUGAAUGCAGAUAGUAGAAGGGAUAAUUAGCUUUAAGGAACAAUGAGAAUAAUGUAAUAUUAUAUUUAAUGUUUAGUUAUUGAUACAAAGAAUGUAGGUGGAGUUGGAAUGUCAGAAAUAGAAAUUGAUUGAGAUACACAAAUAGUAAGAAGUAUCGGAAUAAGUAAAGGAAGAAAUCAAGAGGUCUCAGAUUGAAUAGAUAAAGAGAUAGAUGGAAUCGUAGGUUGAAAUUUUAGAGAGCGAGAAUAGAACUCUGAGAUACUAGAUAGAGAUGAAGAAUAGAGAAUGUGAGGAGUGGAAGCAAUAGUAUACUAGAAAUUAAUGA